AUCUUCUUUUUCUCUUGCUGCACUCAAUCCGCGCGUUGGAGACGCGAACCUAGUGCUGGUGGCCAUGCGUCUUUUCCCGCUGCUCAGCCGCAGCAGCGAAGUUUGACACGCUCGGUCGUUUGCGAAUUUGGGACACUCUAGCCAUGAAAACCGAAAAGAAGCCCAACGAACCCAGCUGUUGUCCACCUACCACGGUUGUCAAGGAUGAGCCUGACGCCGAUCCGGUCAAAAUCAAGGAGGAAGGUACAGGUGGGAAUAACGACGAUGCAACUGGAGAGGAUACCUCUGAAUGUCCAAGAGACUCUUGUUUGGAUCCAUCUAAUGGUGAAGGUACUAUGUCUGGGGAGACGCAAAACGCUAAUGGGAAUCAACCCAUCUUGAAUUCAGUCAAGCAGGAGGGUGACCCUAACAAUCCCACCGAUGAUCUACCUGAUUAUAGUGGAAAUGUUAUUACAGCGGACAGCAUUCAGCCACUUGUUAGUAAUGUUGUGGGAAAACAGAUGGGAACUAGUACGGGCAGUGGGGAGGCUCAAUACAUGCAACAGCAGAGUCAAAUUUUUGUAUUUUCUACAUCGUUGGCAAAUAAAGCUGCAGAGGCAGUUUUGAGAGGCGAAUAUCCUUCGAUUCUCGCUUAUCAUUGUGCACAACCAGGCACUAAAAAAUAUUUGGAGAAACAUCCAAAUAAAGUAAAUCAAUUUCGACAAAAUCCUGCUCAAUGGUUAAAUAAUCUUGCUAUGAUGAAACAGAAAGGCCAUCAGGGAAAUGCGAAUAAUACUUUCCCGACUGAACAACCCCCGGAUUUACCAGCAUUAGAUCCAAAUGCUCCACAGUUUUGGAACGAGCAACCUAACUUGCGAAACAUAAACGGUGGGAACUCCCUCGGUAAUUCUGAACCAUCUUUGGAUGAUGGAAACAUAGACGUGCCUUGCCUUGUGCCGAAUUCACCUGGUAAUUCAGCCAAUCCUCAACCUGCUAAUAACGCUACCAUGGGCCACAGUCCAAAUUUGUUAGGUGGAACAACGAGCCCAGGUCCAGGAGGUUUACAACCAUCUCUCCAAGGUGUCAAAGUUCCAGACGAAAAUUUGACGCCGAAGCAAAGGCAGCACAGAGAAGUUCAAUUGGCAACUUUGCGAAAAAUGCAAAUGAUAUUAUUUCCCGGUCACAAAGAGGAACAAUCUGGCAAUACUUUAACAGAUACGACGCAAGGAACGACAGUGUCGUGUCCUCCCACGAAUGUUCCUCCCGUUGGUGUUCCAAAUCAAUGUUCUCCGUCUAUGGAGUGGCAUAAAUUGCAAUUUCUUGACGGAAAAAAUAAGGUAUAUUUCCUUUACGUUACAAACUUAAUUAAAUGAAUAAUGCAUUGG